UUGUGAUUGAAAAAUUGAGACUCAUGUUUGGAUAAAAUAUAUAAUAACUAUUUAUUUAUCGGUAUUGUACUAUUUACCUAUAAUCAACUGUGUACAUAGGAGUAGUUAUUUUGGUAGCCAGAUAAAUUAAUCUACAAUGUCUAAGGAUAUUAUUGUUUUAACCCCUAAUGGCAGAAGGCAAAAAAUCCAUUGUACACCAGAUACAAUCAUUCUACAAGUGUUAGAAGAUGUUUGCCAGAAACAAGGAUUUCAAGCAACUGAUUAUGACCUUAAGCACCAUAAUCACAUACUUGAUUUAACCACUAGUAUCCGAUUUUCAAACUUGCCUAACAAAGCAAUGCUUGAAAUGGUUGAAACUGAAAGAAAACGAGAAGAAACUAUGGUCACAAUUGGACUGAUGUUAGAAGAUGGUGAACGAAGAACUGCAGAUUUCUCUCCCAAUACAUCUCUUUUUGAACUUAUAACUACCUUGGCACCAACUGAAUUUAAGACUCUAAGGCAACCAACAAUCCUUUACAUGAGACAAGAAGUUAUAGGAGAAUCUGCAUUACGAGGAAAAACUCUGCGGCAGUUGGGACUCAUGAGUGGCAGGGCCAUUCUCAGACUUUUAAAUAAAGCUGAGGAAGCAAAACAAGCCAAUGUGUCUGCUGUCUACCGGCGACCAGUUUCUGAAAAACAGCACAGUGAAAUUACAAAAAAAUUGGAAACAGAUGAGGCACAGCCAAAUUCGGAUGAGAAAUCUUAUCCAGGCCCUUCAAAUGUCUCAAAGGAUAACCAAGCAGCCUUUAAUCCUGUCAAAUUGCUAAAAAAUGAAAAAAAGGAUAAAAAGCCAGAAACAGUUACUAUUGAGCAACCUAUCAUACCCAGCAAUCAGGAGACAACCACAACAGUGGACAGUGAAUUAAAUUUAAAACAAGAGCCUUCAAGUACCUUUUCUGCAAGUACUCAAGCAAAUCUAGAAAGAAGAUUAAAUAUUGAAGAAGAAGUCACAUUUUUGGGUACACAAAAAGCUAUAGCUUUUAUGCAACCAGAAGAGGCAUUAGAGGAAUUAGAUGAUCUCCCUGAUGACUUUUAUGAAUUGACAAUUGAAGAAGUUCGAAAACUAUACCAUGACUUGCAACAAAAUCGUUUAGAACUAGAAAAUACACCGCUUGUCACCGCUUCAAAAAAACAAGCUUUAGAACAACAGACUUCACAGCAAAAAUUGAACGUAUACAAGAAUGUUGUUGUUCGAGUGCAAUUUCCAGAUCAUAUUAUACUUCAAGGAGUAUUUUCACCAACUGACAUCAUUCAAGAUGUUAUGAAUUUUAUCAAAAGUCACUUGAUGAGCCCUGAUAAACCUUUUCAUAUAUAUACAACACCUUUGAAAGAGACACUAGAUCCUAAUAUGACUCUCAUUGAUGCAAAAUUCGUACCUUGUGUUCAUAUGCAUUUUAAAUGGUUGGACGAUAAUGAAAACCAGACAUAUCUCAAAGAAGAAAUAUAUUCAAAGAAAACUUCAAGUGAUGCAGCUAGUAUUUUAGCAUCUAAAUACAGAGCACCCAGCAGAAGAAAGAUAGAGGAUGGAGGUGAAUCUUCAAACAGUUCCACAAGAGGUUCAUCAAAUUCAAAAAACAGUAAAGUACCAAAGUGGUUUAAAAAGUAAACUAGUAACCAUGAUUGUUAUACUAUACAAUUUAAAACGUAUAGGUACUCUAGUCUGUUUCAUAUUUUAGUCCUGCCUGACUUAUGAAAUUGCUGUUUUUUCAUCAAUAUUCAGUAGUAGGUAUUUAAUUCCGUUCAUACUAUAGUUUGUUUGUUUAUUGUUUUUUUAUUUAAUUUCAUGGACUUUUACAUUACAUAUAUUUUAUAUUUAUUUUUAUAUUUUAAUAGAAUUAAAUAUUAAAUGCUAAACGGCAAUUUCAUGGGUAAGAAGGACCUAAUAUUUUCUGGAAUAGAUAUGGUUUAGGAGAUAAUAAAUUGGAUAUUGGACUAUAUUUUGGAAAUUUCAACCAUGGAUUCAUAAAAUAUAAAUGUCCCAAACGCGAUGUAUUUUUUUUCAUAUUUCGAAUUUUGAUGCACAGAAUCUAGCAUUAGACGAUAUAUGUAUUAUUAUAGCAAAACCACACCUAUUACAACGGCAUAAGAUGCCACUGGUUAGCUUGGGGUUCUCUCGUCUGUAUAAUUUUAAAUUUACUAUGUUUUAUUGUGUUGUUGUGCCUGUACUUACUAUAUCUUCAGUCUGUACUUGAUAUUAGAUUCAUAGAAUUUUUCUGGUGUAUUGUAGUCCGGAAUGCACGGUGUUAUUGCCGUUCUUGACUUUUACACCCUGUGUAGGUAUUAUGUGAUUUAUUAUUACAUAACUAGCUGACCCGGCGAA